AUGGAUUUCUCAAAUAAGCGACGGGGAGUCCAGAAUCUGACUUCUGCCAUUGCGGUGGCAGAAUCUCUGGUGGAAUUCUCCAAAGAAUCCUCGAAGAAUGAUAAGGGGAAGAAGAAAUUCCACAACGACAAAAAUGGGGCUUACUUGUGUGGGUUUUGGGGAGAACAACCUCACAAGUGCUGCACGUUGACAAGCUGGUUUCAAAGAUUAGAGGCGUUGGAUAUUAGUUGGAAUAGUUUCAAUAAUAGCAUCUUAUCAUCAUUGGCUGCUUUUUCAUCACUCAAUACUUUGAUUCUCACCGGCAAUUUCAUAGAAGGUUCAUUUCCUAAUCAAGGUUUUGAAAGAUUGGAGAAGUUAGAUAUUAGUUGGAAUAGAUUCAAUAAAAGCAUAUUAUCAUCAUUGGGAGCUCUUAUAUCACUCAACACUUUAAUUUUUGGAAGCAAUUACAUGGGAGGUUCAUUUUCUUUCCAAGAAUUAAAGAAUUUAAAGAGCUUAGAAUUCUUGGAUAUAAGUCAUAACAAUUUUAAUAGCACCCUAUCAUUUAAAGGUUUGUGUGGUUUAAAAGAUCUUCAACAUUUAGAUCUCAGCUUUAAUGAAUUUGGAGGCACUCUCCCUCAAUGCCUUGGCAAUUUGACAUCUCUCACAUUCCUACAUCUGUUUGAAAACCAACUAGCAGGGUAUCUUCCUUCAUUUUGGCCACCUAAGCUCCAAUCUCUUGAUCUUGGCCAUAAUCAUCUCGAGGGUGUAUUCUCUUUCAAUUAUUCUAGUCUUGAGGUGAUUAAAUUAAGUGACAACAAAAUUACAUUUGAGAAUGGUUGGAUUCCAUCAUUUCAGUUAAAGACUCUUAUAAUGAAAGAUUGUGGUCUCGAAAGUAUUCCUGAGUUUCUGUUUCUCCAAUUCAAAUUGGAAUUACUUUACCUUUCUCACAAUAGUUUAAAAGGAAGAUUUCCCUAUUGGUUACUUCAAAACAAUGUAGGACUUGAGAUCCUAAAUCUCAUGAAUAAUUCUUUCAAUGGCCAGCUUGAAAUUGGGGCAAAGAUACUUCCGAGCAUGACAUAUCUUAAUUUAGCCAGAAAUCAUUUUGAAGGUGAUCUUCCUUUUUCUACUGGCGAUGACUGUAAAUUGAUCGCUUUAGAUUUGUCUCGUAACAACUUUUCAGGGGAAGUUCAAGAGAGACUGCUUUCAAAUUGCAUUUCCUUGAGCUAUGUGAGGUUAUCUCAUAAUAAUUUUCAUGGUCAGAUAGCAUUGUUUAACUUGACUCAAAUUACUGAUUUGGAAUUGAAUGACAACCAAUUCGAAGGAACCCUAUCAAGUUUACUCACCAAUUUUAGUCAUCAAAGCUAUGGCCCAGAGGUGAUACAUUUGAGCAACAAUCGAUUGCACGGUGAGAUUCCACACUGGAUGGGUAACUUCACAGGAUUGAAUUAUCUCAAUUUGCGCGAUAAUCUUUUUCAAGGUCAGAUUUCAUACCAACUUCUUUCAACGCGGAUAGAGUAUCUAGACCUUUCUUAUAAUUCUUUUUCUGGGUUUUUACCUUCUUGCUUCAAUGGAAAUUCUUUACGACAAAUAAAUUUACAAGGUAAUAGAUUCAGUGGUUCAAUACCUAAAGCUUUGCUUAAUAUCUCAACACUGAACGCAUUAGACUUAAGCGACAACGAGUUGUCAGGCACCAUUCUUAAUAAAUCUGUUGAGAAUUUAAGUGGUUUACGAGUUCUUUUAUUACGAGGAAAUUAUUUCAAUGGCUUCAUUCCAAAUUGGUUGUGUCAGCUAAAUAAUGUCAACUUAUUGGAUCUCUCAAGGAACUCCUUUUCGGGAUCUAUACUCCACUGCUUAUAUAAUCUAUCAUUUGGAAGGGAAGGAGGACCUCUCUAUGGUUUUGCAUGGUUGAUACUAUAG